CUCUUGCUUUCACCCAGAUAAAUACCAUUCUCGCCAUGUCUUCUGCGACUGUGCAAGUACCCAAGUUCCAGACUCUAGAACUUCAACUUCCGACUCGCACGAUAACUGCUAACUGCGGCGGCGCCAUUCAGAGCAGCAGCCUGGCCACGCCCCCCUCCUCCAGUUCCGCUCUCUCAGGGAACCGGCGAGGCGCGGGGCGGAGCCUCAGGCCCGGGCCAAGAUGGCGGCUGCGAGACCGGCCCUUACGGACUCGCUCUCGUUUUGCCUCGCGCAACUCACGGCGGCGGCCGGGGAGGGGCCGGGUUGGGGAAAGGACCCCGCUACCAACGAGACACCCCUGGGCCGCGCGCUCUUAGCGCUUCGCACGCGCCACAUCAAGGCAGCUGAGGGAAUUGAGCGCUUCCGGGCACGCGGCGGGCUCCGCCCCCUUCUCUCCCUGCUACGCCGAACGGCUGCCGCGGGCCCCGCCCCGUCCCCAGCAGGCUCUGGCUCCGCCCCUUCGUCGGUUGCGUCAGCUGGUUCUUCCCCUGGCCCCGCCCCCGCCGCUGAGUCGUCUUUGCCGCCUUCGUCGCCAGUGCGCCUGCGCAAGACGCUGGAUCUGGCGCUCAGCAUUCUAGCCAACUGCUGUACGGAAGGGGCGUGCCGAGCCGAAGUGCGUCGACUUGGAGGCAUUCUCCCUUUGGUGACCAUUCUUCAGUGUGUGAAGACAGACAGCAUCCAGAAUCGAACGGCUCGUGCUCUGGGGAACUUAGCCAUGGAAGCUGAGAGCUGCAGGGACAUCCACUCUGCUGGGGCUGUUCCCUUCCUUGUUGAGAGCCUGACGGCCUGCCAGGACUCACAGUGUCUCCAGAGUAUAGUCCGUGCCCUGCGCAACUUAGCUGACUCACCCCAGCACCGCCUAGCCCUGGCACAGCAGGGAGCAGUUCGGCCACUGGCUGAGCUCCUGGCUACUGCCCCCGACCCUGCGCUGACCUCGGCUCUAGUCCGCGCUCUCUUGGAACUCAGCCGAGGCUGUUCCCGGGCCUGUGCUGAGCAGCUAAGUCUGGGUGGGGGGCUGGGCCCUCUUGUCAGCUUGGCUUCUCACCCUAAACGGGCAAUACGUGAGGCGGCCAUCCUGAUCCUUGCCAAUCUGUGUGCGCAGGGCCUGGUGCGGCCCGCACUGGGCAAUGCUGGUGGUGUGGAGGUAUUACUAGGUGAGCUUCGGCGGCGACGGGGGCCCAACGGGACCAGCUCAGCUUCCCAGCAGCCCCUAGUGCGGGCUGUGUGUCUCUUGUGCCGUGAAGCCAUCAACCGGGCCCGGCUUCGGGACGCCGGUGGUUUGGAGCUGCUGAUGGGCCUGUUGCAGGACCCUGGUGCCAGUGCCUGGCAUCCACGUGUUGUGGCUGCCCUUGUAGGCUUCCUUUAUGAUACGGGGGCCUUGGGCAAGUUACAGGCUCUGGGCCUUGUGCCUCUUCUGGCCAGGCAGUUAUGUGGUGAAGCUGGCGAAGAGGAAGAAGAAGGAAUAGAAGCUGCUUCCUGGGACUUCCCUGAGGAACGGACCCCUGGGCAGAUAGAGGCAGGAAGCUUCCGAAGCCUUAGGUUGUGGCUGAUUUCUGAGGGUUAUGCAGCAGGCCCUGGAGAUAUCUCCCCAGAUUGGUCUCCUGAGCGUUGUCCGAUGCCAGAGCCAUCUGAGUCAGUCAGCCCUACCCCUGGCCAGCCCUCAAUGUCGACACCCCGCACACUGCGCAAACUGGCCCGCGUUCCCGCUGCCACUGCCGACGAGCCUUGGGGCCAGGAGGGGCCAGCACUGUUGCUGUUAUCACGCUUCUCCCAGGCUCCUGACCCGAGUGGAGCUCUAGUGACUGGCCCAGCACUGUGCGGCCUGUUGGCCUACGUGACAGGUGCACCGGGACCACCAAACCCGCGUGCACUACGCAUCUUGGCGCGUCUCACCUGUAACCCUGCCUGCCUUGAGGCCUUUGUGCGCAGCUAUGGUGCAGCGCUGCUGCGUGCCUGGCUCAUAUUCGGUGUCUCACCAGAUGACUGGCCUGUGGCAUGUGCCCGGCCUGCACACCGAAGCCAGCACCGAGAGCUGGGUGAGAUGCUGCUGCAGAACCUGACUGUUCAGGCUGAGUCCCCCUUUGGAGUAGGUGCCCUCACCCACCUGAUGCUCUCUGGGAGUCCUGAGGACCGAGUGGCCUGUGCACUAACACUACCCUUCAUCUGCCGGAAGCCUACUCUGUGGCGCCGCUUACUCCUGGACCAGGGUGGCCUCCGCCACCUCCUCGAAGCGCUGACACAGCCAGCUCCACACCCGCUCUUCCUCUUCUUUGCCACAGAUUCCCUCUCCUGCCUCCGAGCCCUGGUGUCUCCCACUGUGAGCCCAGUCCUCGUCCCUGCCACAUCCCCUUGCCUCUAUGAACCUCUCCUGGGUCCAGCCCCUCUCCCAGCUCCUGACCUGCACUUUGUUCUGGAUUCAGGCCUACGGCUCCCUGCUCAGCGGGCUGCUUCAGCUGCUGCCUCCCCUUUCUUCCGGGCCCUGCUAUCCGGCAGCUUUGCUGAAGCCCAGAUGGAUUUGGUGCCACUUCGAGGCCUGUCCCCUAGUGCAGCGUGGCCUGUCCUACAUCAUUUGCAUGGCUGUCAGAGCUGUGGGGCUGCUCGGAGGCCCAUACCCCCUCCCGACCAGCCCUUGCUGGGCUCCAAGGCUGAGGAAGCUCUGGAGGCUGCUGGCCGUUUCUUGCUGCCUGCACUAGAGGAAGAACUAGAAGAGGCUGUUGCCCACAUCUACUUGGGUCCCCAGAGUGGCCCUGAGUCAGUGAGUGAGGUACUCCGCUUAGGUCGGCCCCGGCUGACUGUCCACUGUGCACGAUGGACACUGGUGCCAGGGCGGUGCCCUAGAAAACGGGCCCUGGCUCUCAUGGGGCUCUUGGAAGCCGCAGGUGAGGAGGCAGGGCCUCUCACUGAAACUUUGCUGGCUGUGGUAACGGAGACUGAGUCAUAGUACAGAUGCUCUUGGAUAAACUGUUGGCCUCCCUGGGGGAGCACUCAGGGGUGAGUUGGCUGUAUAGUAGGCUUCUCUCAGCAUGGCAUGAGGGGAGACUGCAGAAGGAGCUAUCCUCAGGGACUGUCGAGCAAGUGGAACUGAGCCCCAGGCUGAAGAUCUCAAGAUCCACGGCUGAGAAAACAACACCAGAGCCUGCGCACAGAGUCCAAGAGGACAGCUCAGGGCCCCAGGAUCUGGUCUGACCAAGCCCUAUGGUGUCAACAUUAAAAACUUGAGAUUUG